AAGUGUGCAGAACCAUGAGUCGGAGGCAGGAGGAGGAGAGCUCGCUCUCAGUUGGACACUGGUUUCACUGUUGACUGGCUCCGUGACGAUAAGCAGGCAGCAGACGAGGAUGCUCUGUUGUCUGGUGCGCACUCUCCUGUCUCCAGCUCACCACAAUCACCAUGGAAGAGCCUAAUUAAUGCACAGCCUCUCAGUGUCUCUCCCACUCCCGGAGUUGAUGAUUUUUAGAGCGCCGUUAGAGACGGGACCUGCGUUUUUCGCCCUCCGAAGCUCCGGACUCGGCUAUCCAUCCGAGAGGACCGCGGCUGAAUUAUAAAGUCUUCAGAAAAGAGGCAAAUUAUGCCAGCAGCAUCAGAGUCGGACGCCCUGGUGACUUGCCACCUCAUUGGUCAGACUACUCUGCCCUCCUAUAGUCUCCUGGUCUACCCUGGCAGAUCCAUGCUGCUGGAUGCUCCUCACAGAGCCACGCCCGCACCAUGAGCGCCAACGGGCCUGCCCCAGACCCAGCCCCUACCACCCAGAAGCCCCUCCCACCUCAACAACCGCCCCUGCUCCGGGUCCGGCCCGGCCCCGGCCUCAGCCCCAGCGCCGGCUCCCACGGCACCACCUGCUCCCCCCGCUCCACCUGCCCCAACAUCCUCUACCAUCCCGGUAGGUGCGUUGGCACAGAAGAAGCGGCAGCAGUAUGCCAAAAGCAAGAAACAGGGCAGUAAUGCCAACAGUCGGCCACCGAGGGCUCUGUUCUGUCUCAACCUCAACAACCCUAUACGCAGGGCCUGCAUCAGCCUGGUGGAGUGGAAGCCAUUUGAUAUCUUUAUAUUAAUUGCUAUUUUUGCCAACUGUAUGGCCUUAGCUGUUUAUGUCCCUUUCCCUGAAGACGAUUCCAACUCCACUAACCAUGACCUGGAAACAGUUGAGUAUGCCUUCCUCAUCAUUUUCACAAUUGAGACUUUUCUGAAGAUUAUCGCUUAUGGCUUGGUGAUGCACCAGAAUGCGUAUGUGAGAAACGGCUGGAACAUGCUGGAUUUCGUCAUUGUGGUGAUUGGACUCUUCAGUGUUGCAUUGGAGCUUUUGACCAAAGAAGAAAAGGGAGAAGUUGAAGGAGAUGCCCAUGCAUCAAUGCAUGGGCACGGGGGUAAGCCAGGUGGAUUUGAUGUUAAAGCCCUUCGAGCCUUCCGUGUGCUGCGCCCCCUGCGGCUGGUCUCAGGAGUACCCAGUUUACAGGUGGUGUUGAACUCCAUCAUUAAAGCCAUGGUCCCUCUCCUGCACAUUGCCCUCCUGGUCUUGUUUGUCAUUAUCAUCUAUGCUAUUAUCGGCCUGGAGCUGUUCAUUGGUAAAAUGCAUGCAACCUGCUAUUUCCCCGGUUCAGAUAUGAUAGCAGAAGAGGAGCCAGCUCCAUGUGCGAUCUCAGGGCAUGGGCGCCAGUGCCCCAUCAACGGCACAGAGUGCAGGGAAGGCUGGCAAGGUCCCAACGGUGGCAUCACCAACUUUGACAACUUUCUGUUUGCCAUGCUGACGGUGUUUCAGUGUAUCACCAUGGAGGGCUGGACUGACGUGCUGUACUGGAUGAACGAUGCCAUGGGCUUUGAGCUUCCAUGGGUGUACUUUGUCAGUCUUGUGAUCUUCGGCUCCUUUUUCGUUCUUAACCUGGUUUUGGGUGUGUUGAGCGGAGAGUUCUCCAAGGAGAGGGAAAAGGCCAAAGCUCGCGGAGACUUCCAGAAGCUGCGUGAAAAGCAACAGCUGGAGGAGGAUCUGAAGGGUUACCUGGACUGGAUCACUCAGGCUGAAGACAUUGACCCUGACAAUGAGGACGAGGCAGAUGAGGAGAGCAAGCGUAACCGGGUGACUCUGGCUGACCUUACUGAGAAGAAGAAAGGAAGGUUUGGGUGGUUCAGCCAGUCGUCCGACACUCAUGCAAGCGUUCCAGCCAGUGAAACAGAGUCUGUGAACACCGAGAAUCAGAACGGGGAGGAUGAAAAGACGCCAUGCUGCGGACCUCUGUGUCAAAAGAUUUCAAAGUCAAAGUUCAGUCGGCGCUGGCGCCGAUGGAACAGAUUCUGCCGCAGGAAGUGCCGUUUGGCUGUCAAGUCAGUGCCUUUCUAUUGGCUGGUCAUCAUCCUUGUGUUCCUCAACACCCUGACCAUAUCAUCAGAACAUUACAACCAGCCUCUGUGGCUGACACAGGUGCAAGAUGUGGCCAACAAGGUGCUGCUGGCCCUGUUCACAUGUGAAAUGUUGGUAAAGAUGUACAGUCUUGGGCUGCAGGCUUAUUUUGUGUCACUCUUCAACCGCUUUGACUGCUUUGUUGUGUGCGGAGGAAUCACUGAAACCAUUCUGGUGGAGCUGGAAAUCAUGUCUCCGCUCGGUAUCUCUGUGUUCCGCUGCGUGCGCCUGCUGAGGAUUUUCAAGGUCACACGACACUGGCAGUCUCUGAGUAACCUGGUGGCAUCGCUGCUCAACUCCAUGAAGUCCAUUGCUUCCCUGCUUCUGCUGCUCUUCCUCUUCAUUAUCAUCUUCUCCCUGCUCGGCAUGCAGGUGUUUGGUGGAAAAUUCAACUUUGACGAAACUCAGACAAAAAGGAGCACCUUCGACAACUUUCCCCAGGCCCUGCUCACUGUGUUUCAGAUCCUGACUGGAGAAGACUGGAAUGCUGUAAUGUAUGAUGGGAUCAUGGCGUAUGGUGGCCCUUCCUCCUCUGGAAUGAUUGUGUGCUUUUACUUCAUCAUCCUAUUCAUCUGUGGAAACUAUAUCCUCUUGAAUGUCUUCUUGGCUAUCGCUGUGGACAACUUGGCAGAUGCAGAAUCUCUCAACACAGAUGAAGGAGACAAAAAAGGGGACAAAAAAGAUGAUGAUAAAGAUGACAAGGAUGAGGAUGAGGACAAUGACGACACUGCAGCGGAGGAGGAGGACCCUGAAGUCCCAUCGGGGCCUCGGCCGGUCAUCUCCGACCUGGUAAAGAAGGAGAAGAUCACUCCUAUCCCAGAGGGAAGUGCCUUCUUCAUCUUCAGCAACACAAACCCGGUUCGUGUGUUUUGCCACAGACUCAUUAAUCAUCACAUUUUCACCAACCUCAUCCUGGUGUUCAUCAUGCUCAGCUCCGUCUCACUCGCUGCUGAGGAUCCAAUCCGAAACUUCUCAGCUCGCAAUAUUAUACUUGGUUACUUUGACUAUGCUUUCACGGCUAUCUUUACUGUUGAGAUCGUUUUGAAGGUCCUAGGCUAUGCAGAUUAUGUCUUCACUAGUAUGUUUACAUUUGAGAUCGUAUUGAAGAUGACGACAUAUGGAGCUUUUCUUCAUAAAGGAGCAUUCUGCAGGAAUUACUUCAACCUUCUGGACCUGCUGGUGGUGGGAGUCUCCCUCGUUUCCUUUGGCAUUCAGUCUUCUGCCAUCUCUGUGGUGAAGAUUCUCAGGGUCCUUCGAGUACUUCGACCCCUGAGGGCCAUCAAUAGAGCCAAAGGCCUGAAGCACGUUGUGCAGUGUGUGUUUGUGGCCAUCAGAACCAUCGGUAACAUCAUGAUCGUCACCACGCUGCUUCAGUUCAUGUUCGCCUGUAUAGGCGUGCAGCUGUUCAAGGGAAAAUUCUAUCGCUGCACAGAUGAAGCUAAGUCCAGCCCAGUAGAGUGCAAGGGCACCUACAUCCUGUACAAAGAUGGAGACGUGAACCAGCCAACUGUCCACAAACGGGUGUGGCACAACAGUGACUUCAACUUUGACAACGUCCUCAUGGCCAUGAUGGCUCUGUUCACUGUGUCCACCUUUGAAGGCUGGCCUGCGUUAUUGUACAAGGCCAUUGACUCCAACAGGGAAAACCUCGGUCCCAUUUACAACUACCGCGUGGAGAUUUCCAUCUUCUUCAUCAUCUACAUCAUCAUCAUCGCCUUUUUCAUGAUGAACAUCUUUGUAGGUUUUGUGAUCGUCACAUUUCAGGAACAGGGAGAGAAGGAGUAUAAAAACUGUGAACUCGACAAGAACCAGCGUCAGUGCGUGGAAUACGCUCUUAAAGCCCGUCCUCUGAGGAGAUACAUCCCAAAGAACCCAUACCAGUACAAGUUCUGGUAUGUGGUGAACUCCACUGGGUUUGAGUACAUCAUGUUUGUGCUCAUCAUGCUCAACACACUCUGCCUGGCUGUACAGCACUACGGCCAGUCUGCACUCUUUAACUACGUAAUGGAUAUUCUCAAUAUGGUCUUCACUGCUGUAUUCACUGUGGAAAUGGUUCUCAAACUCAUCGCUUUCAAACCCAGGCACUAUUUUGCUGAUGCUUGGAACACAUUUGAUGCCUUAAUUGUUGUCGGUAGUGUCGUCGAUAUCGCUAUCACAGAAGUUAACAAACUUGUAGAGCCAACGGAGACUCCUCAGUUGGAUGAGAUGGGGAACACAGAGGACAGCGCUCGAAUCUCCAUCACUUUUUUUCGUCUGUUUCGAGUCAUGCGGCUGGUCAAACUUCUCAGCAGAGGAGAGGGCAUUCGCACCCUGCUUUGGACUUUUAUUAAAUCCUUCCAGGCUCUGCCAUAUGUUGCUCUUCUGAUAGCCAUGCUGUUCUUCAUCUACGCUGUCAUUGGCAUGCAGGUGUUUGGAAAGAUUGCAAUGGUUGAUGGCACUCACAUUAACAGAAACAACAACUUCCAGACCUUCCCACAGGCCGUGCUGCUUCUCUUCAGGUGUGCCACAGGUGAAGCGUGGCAAGAGAUCAUGUUGGCCUGUAUGCCAGGGAAACUGUGCGACCCAGAGUCUGACUACAACCCCGGGGAGGAGAUGACGUGUGGCAGUGGAUUUGCAAUAGUUUACUUCAUCACUUUCUACAUGCUCUGUGCUUUCUUGAUUAUCAAUUUGUUUGUGGCCGUCAUUAUGGACAACUUUGACUAUCUGACACGUGAUUGGUCCAUUCUUGGUCCUCACCACCUUGAUGAAUUCAAAAGAAUUUGGUCAGAGUAUGACCCUGAGGCAAAAGGCAGAAUUAAACAUCUGGAUGUUGUAACCCUUCUUCGUCGCAUCCAGCCUCCUCUGGGCUUUGGCAAACUGUGUCCUCACAGAGUGGCUUGCAAGAGGCUGGUAGCCAUGAACAUGCCUCUGAACAGUGAUGGUACUGUUAUGUUUAAUGCCACUUUGUUUGCACUGGUGCGGACAGCCCUAAAGAUAAAAACAGAAGGUAAUCUAGAGCAGGCCAAUGAAGAGCUGCGAGCUGUCAUCAAGAAAAUUUGGAAGCGAACCAGCAUGAAGCUGCUGGAUCAAGUGGUGCCUCCUGCUGGUGAUGAUGAGGUAACCGUGGGGAAGUUCUAUGCCACCUUCCUGAUACAGGACUACUUUAGGAAAUUCAAGAAACGUAAAGAGGAAGGCCUGGUGGGUGCACACCCUUCCCAGAACAACACAGCCAUUGCUUUACAGGCUGGCCUUCGCACGCUGCAUGAUAUUGGGCCUGAAAUUCGCCGAGCGAUAUCAUGUGAUCUGCAGGAUGACGAACUAAUAGACUUUAUUCCAGAGGAAGACGAGGAAAUUUAUAGGCGUAAUGGUGGACUCUUUGGUAACCAUCUCAUGAAUGGUGGUCAUCGCCGAUCCAAUGGGCAUCAGACCAAUGCCACUCAGCGCCCUUUGCAAGUGCAGCCUCCACCUCACUAUGCCCACAUGGAACAGCCAGUAGGACGCCUGUCUAGAGCCAAUGCAAUGUCCCAUCCCAACCACCAUCAUCACCACCACCACCAUCAUCACCACCGCCACCACAACUCCUACGGAAAGUCUCCCAAAUCUACCAACAUAAACCUCAACAAUGCCAACGUGUCCAGUCUGCCCAACGGAGGACACCAUCGCUACUACGAACACGCACCUCCCAAUGGCUAUCCAGGUCUACGCAGCUCCUAUUACGAUUACGACAAGCCACGGACACCCCAGGGUCAAAGAAGGCGCUACUAUGAGACCUAUGUUAGGUCCCACAGAGGGGAUGGUCACCAUCCCACCAUCCGAAGGGAGGAGGAGUUUGAUGAAGACCGUUUCUCCGGGGAGUAUUACAGCGGGGAGGAGUUUUAUGAAGAUGACAGUAUGCUGUCAGGGGACAGGUAUCAGAACAGCGACACGGAGUAUGAGACUCCCAAAGGCUACCAUCAUCCUGACAGUUACUACGAUGAUGAUGAGCAGCCUCUCUACCGCGACUCACGGAGGUCACCAAAGAGAAGAUUGCUUCCUGCAACACCUCAAGGUCAUAGAAGGCCAUCCUUCAACUUUGAGUGUCUGCGCAGACAAAGUAGCCAUGAUGAGCUUCCACAUCAGCGUACUGCUCUACCACUGCACCUUAUGCAGCACCAGGUUAUGGCCGUAGCAGGGCUGGACUCUAGCAGAGCCCAUCGCCUCUCCCCAACCCGCUCCACCCGUUCUUGGGCCACGCCCCCUGCCACACCGGCCAGUAAAGACCAGUCACCAUACUACACCCCUCUCAUACGUGUGGAGCACCCACACAGGGAGAGUGUUGUUGGUAGCCAAGUGUCUGUGCGCAAGAGCUCCUGGUACACAGACGAUCCCGAGUUCUCCCAGAGAACGUACUCACCUGUGCACCUGCAGGUUCCUCCGGAGUACCAUAACCAGUACCACCAGAAAAGAGGCAGUGCAACCAGCCUUGUGGAAGCGGUUUUGAUAUCAGAAGGACUUGGGAGAUAUGCCAAGGAUCCCAAGUUUGUCGCUGCCACAAAGCACGAGAUAGCAGAUGCAUGUGAGAUGACGAUAGAUGAGAUGGAGAGUGCAGCCAGCCACCUGCUGAAUGGAGGAAUAUCCCCGGGUAUCAAUGGGGUAAAUGUGUUUCCCCUUCUGACUCCAAGGGACUAUGAACUGCCGGACACCGCAGCCAGCUACAGCGAUGAAGAGCCAGAGACAGAACCCAGAGGUCCUUAUGAGGAGGACCUGGCAGACGAGAUGAUCUGCAUCACAACUUUAUAGCAGAGGCUGAAGGAUUCUGCACAUUAGGACCCUUAUAGAUUUGCUAAAAUUUAAAAAGAAAUGCAUCUGUUGGCUCUGACCCAAAGAAGUGCCUUUAAAGUGAAGAGAAAAGGCAUAGGGAUGAGAGACACACAAGUCCUGUUUGUUUAAUUGUUCUCCACCUGCCAGCCAUGGAGGUCACAGCACAGAGCCAGUUACCAUUCCUGCUGAGCACAGAGGGACAGACUGGAUCUUCCUUCCAAAGGCUUUGACCUGAUGGUAAUAUACAGGUUCUGCCUGCAGCCAGUCAAAGACAAUAAUGCUGAUGCCAGUGAAAGAGAUGGACCGACUGGCAAAGGUGUGAGAUGCUCUAGAGGGUGGGUCUCUAAGGGUGAUGACAAUCAGAUGUUCGAUGUCAUUACCUCAGUCACUUUUUUAAGGUCUGGCAUAUCAUGCAAGUUUUCAAUGCAAGCAUAGAAAGGCAUAUCUCCUCACAUAGUUUUUAGAAUAACUCGAUCCCUUCGUCGUUAGAGCAGAUCGUUUAAAGAUCGCUAGAGCUGAGUGAAAUAGUGAGAUAGAGAGCUGAGUUGCAACAGAUUAUGCAGGAACUAACAGUCCUACUUAUAGCAUCAUUCAACUUGAGAUAUGUACUUUUGAAGCAACAAAAGCAUUUGUGAUAAAUGCACUAGCAGGCAGGUUAUUUUAACACUUUAGAAUAGCCUGAUUAAUAUUUCAUAGUUGAUAUGCUGUAAAUUGUAUUAUAUAACAAAAGAAACUUUGUAAAGAGAUAUUCUAUAUUUUGUAAUUAUGUAUCAUUUAAAAGAUCAGCAAUAUGGACCCUUGUGACUCAUGUUAUACUAUAAAAGCAUACUUGCAUUAUUUUAUUAGGUAAACCGUUCGGAUGUUUAUUUGCCUUUUAUUUUUUUUGCGAAUAUGCACCUUUUAUUUUGCCUAUGACGACAGCAAUCUUUAGAGAUUCUGCUUAUGUGGCGACACUACCGCACAAGAUAUGCUUUGAUUUCUUAGCAUAGGAGUACACGUGUUACUUCAUCAAACCGACAAUGGAGCAUUUUUAGAAGGCAAGCCUCAAGGAUCCAGUGCUGAAAUUUCGCACAGAUGUGACGAACACAUUUGUUUGCAUAUUUUGUGCACGGUAUUUUAAAAUGCAUAGUGCAUUAACAAUGCUGCUUUUUUUAGUUGGCUUCGGAGUCAAACCUAGGUUUUUGUCAGCCCCUACUGAAAUGCCUUUUUGCUGCUGAAAGAACGAAAACUGAUAGAUGGUAAUAACAGGGAUAAAUUAACACUUUUCAAAGCUCAUGCUGGGAAUUUCACUCUUUGUUGGUCAUGGCAGAGUUUCAUUAGACCUUUGUACCGAAUCUUUGCUAUCACAUCUUAGCCUUCAUGCCGGGUGUGGAGAGGGCUGUGGUGGCAGAAGGCACAUGCACACAUCCAAAGGCCGGAAACAGCCCCAACAUGUGUUCUAGGUGAAAGUACUGAGGGUGUCCUGGUGUCAGGAUGCUGCAGAGAGGCAAAGCAAUACUAACCCCCACACCCCCGACCUUUCUCUCUCAGCCUGCCUGGUUCCUGCGUAUAGUAUACCUCGUUAGGCAUUGGUGAAGACAUAUCAUUGUCACAGCUUAUCUGUUUGUCCCAGUGUCCCACAGUGGAUUCGUUGAGAUUAACUAGGGCUGAACUUGGAUUUUAGUGUGACUGUAUGAAAAUGAAUGGCGCUGUGAGGCAAACCCCACGCUGGGUACGUUAAAAUAAAGGAGUAGCUGGAGCCCACAAGUUUAAAAACACAAGGCAACAAAAUAUCUUUUAAUCAUUCAUCAUCCAUUUUUCUCUCACAUAAAGAUACUGGACUAAAUAAAUUAAAGUGGGCUAUUUCAGGCGUUACCAUAGAGCGUUUAAGGGUUAAUGUGACCUGCUGUUGUAGGCGAGUGCAUACUGUACUCUAAUUCAACCGAAUACUGUCAUGAAAAUGUAGGUUUUCCAUUUUGUGUGCACAUUGAAAGGGCUCUUUGAAUUGUUUGUGAGUAAAAAAAAAAUGUGUUGUAGUCCUUUUGUUGAUAACUGUCAUAUAAAAGGACCAAUGCACAUAAAAGGCACAUUGUACUAUUCGUAGCAAUUACAGUACUGAUGAACUGAAGAUAUGCAUUAUUUUGUAAAACACUUUUAAAAGUUGUGUUAAACUAAAGAUUAAAAGAACUUACUUUUACCUCAUGUCAGGGAUUCCUGAAAAAAGAAAAAAAGAAUAUAAUGAUUUGGUUCAGUCUAUACCAAUGGUAUUUAAAUAUUAGCACAUAGCUGUUUGUCUUUGCACAAGUAACUGUAUAGUGCUUUUUGUUUCUCCUUUUUCUAAACAGAUUUGUGUAUUAAGGUGAGACAAUUUUGUACUUUUUGUGACUGUGUGUAUGGUUUAGUGGAAUCUAUAUUUGUCAUUUACACCUCACCUCAUAAUGCUGGGAAUGAAAGAGUAUUAAAAAAUAUUUUCAAGGUGCACUGUUCCUCUGUUUUGCAGGUAGGAGAAAAAAUAAAAUAAAAUCAAGUACCAGUUUACAGAGAAACACAUGUUGAUUUGAACGUUUCUAUUAGUUUUCUUCAUCUUGUUAUGAUUAUAAUUACUAUUACUACUAUUAAUGUUCAGAAAGCUGUAUUAAAAUAGAAGAUAAUGUAAUAUAUGUACAAUAUGGAAAGACCCAUGGUAAUGUUCUCUACUUGAAAGUCUUGAUAUCUGCUCCUUAAUGUUUUUAUUGAGUAAACAUCUUUUCUCUUAGUAGCAAAUGCUUUACUAUAACCCUCUAGGUUUUGUAUCAAUACAUUUUUUGUAUUUUUUUUAUUUUAUUUUGGCCUUGAUUUUAUUUGAAUCGAUACUGAUAUUUUAUUUUCUAUUGAUCAUCAUUGAAUAAACUUAUGCUGAAAUGCUGUUCUAA